GCCACACUGAUAUAUUUGUGCCCGUCAUUCCCCGGUAGUGACAAACAACUCAGCAUUUUGCUCAAAAUCUGCCCCAAACCGAGUAAAUUACAAUGUUGAACAACUACAACAGCCUGGCACAGCCCCUUUGGCAGAACGGACCCACUCCCGGCGAGUUCUACAACUUCACCGGCGGACAGACGCCCGUCCAGCAGCUGCCCCGCGAACUGACCACGGCAGGUCCCUAUGGAACCAAGCGCAGCACAUCAUCAAUCACCACGGGCUCCUCCGUGCUGGGCAUUCGUUACGACGGCGGCGUGAUGCUGGCCGCCGACACGCUGGUUUCCUACGGAUCUUUGGCCCGUUACCAGAACAUCGAGCGCGUCUUCAAGAUCAACAAGAACAUUCUGCUUGGGGGCAGCGGAGAUUUCGCCGACAUUCAGUCCAUCAAGCGCAGCAUUGACCAGAAGAUGAUCGAGGACCAGUGUUGUGACGAUAAUAUCGAGAUGAAGCCUAAGGCGCUGGCCAACUGGAUGACCCGGGUGCUCUAUAACCGGCGCUCUCGCAUGAACCCGCUCUACAUCGACGUGGUGGUCGGCGGCGUGGACAAAGAGGGCACCCCAUAUUUGGCCAACGUGGAUCUCCGUGGUCGCUCCUACGAGGACUACGUAGUGGCCACCGGCUUCGCCCGCCAUCUAGCCAUUCCGCUGGUGCGCGAGAAGAAGCCCAAGGACAGGGACUUCAACGCCGUAGAGGCGUCCCAACUGAUCCGAAAGUGCAUGGAGGUCCUUUACUACCGCGAUACCCGUAACAUUUCCCAAUACACUGUGGGCGUCUGCAGCGCCAACGGAUGCGUCGUGGAGGGACCUUUCCAGGUGAACGAGAACUGGACUUUCGCCGAAACCAUCAAGGGAUACUAGAAUUUUUGAUCCCCACUGAUCAUAGUUAAGGUUAAGCUCGGCGGUUUAUGUAUGCAUUCAAAUCAUUUCUUCAAGUAUAAUUUUGUUUCAUGAUUUAUUGAAAAUAAAUGUGGAUAAAAUACUACUACUAUA